CCCCGCGGGGCUCCCGGCACGGCGGGUCCGGCAGUGCUGCGGGCAGGGGUCCGUCCCGCCCUGCCCGCGGGAGAGGCGGCAGAGCGGCCGCGGUGCUCUCCCGGCGCCCGCCGCUUCCCACUGCCCGGGGCAGGGCGCGGGACCUCGGCUAUGAGUUUUCCGGAAGCUUAAGGUAGACAGUUUGCUCUGCUUUUGUGGAGAAGCUGCCGAAACAAACGAACAAGCAAACAAACAAACAAAAAAUAGGAGAAAAGAGAAAGAAAAAAAGAAAGCACUUUAAGCUGCUCUCUGGUGUCCCCCCCGGUGGACCAUUAACUAACCGGAAGCGCAGGGUCAGAAUCUGCAUCUGGAUCUACCAAAAAAAGAGGGUUAAACCUCGUGUGUACCGGCCGUGCCAGUGCUGGAGGAAAUUAGUUUGAAACUCUCACAGACACUGUGACUAACCUUUUCUAAUCUAGUCUUUUUACCCUUUGACUCAUAGUUCUCUCCUUCAAUUAUCCGCCUGUCAGGUGGUAGGUUUCAAACUAACACAUCAUGCCGUUGAUGUUAAGGAGGCCGAUAAGGCUAUUGCUUAUUGCAUUGGUGAUGUGUUUUAAUUGGUAUUGGUGAAUUAAUAAGCAAGGGUCCCAUCUACACCCGGAAUAAUUUCAGCUCUUGCUAAUUUUGCAUCUUAAUGCUGACUGACUAGAAGUCUGUUUGCUUUUGGAAGAUCAGAGUGCUGGCCCGGUGUCUGGGCUUUCCAACUACCACAUCCAGACCAGAAGUAAUGGGCAAGGCUGUCACAGAAUUGGCAUGCUUCCAUCAGUGGUAGCAGUAUUUAGUAGGGGGAUAUUGUCAUAUGGAAAAUAUAAUGGUAUAUUUCAAAUGUUUUUCAGUUUUUCAUAUAGUCAGCUUCUAUUUUUUCCUUAUGUUAUUAAUCAGAUAAUUAUUGUUUAGCAUUGUACAUUGUAGAAUGGAAGCGUUUUAAUUGCAUGUCUGCAUGCAAAUUAUCGCAAUAUGCCAUAUAUAUGUUUCUGUACAUAAAAUAUCUUCUUUGAAUGCUUGACAUUUUCUCUUGCAGUCAUGUGAGGUGGAAAACUGCCCUUUUGUAAUCUUUAAGGACAUGUUUUACAAUGCUGAUGUCUGGUUUGGACAUGUGUUUUAAUACUGCUACAAUCAUUGCUUUAUAGCAGCAGAUAUAUACUCAAGGAAAUUUCCUGUUUGCUGCAUUACAUAAUACAGUUCUCAAGUCUGGAAUAAUUUGGUGAGGAAGAUUUCUUAAUUACAUCAGUGCUCCAAUAUACAAAGAAAUAGUAUUCAGAGUAACCCUGAAGGUCUUUUGAAGUCACUAAAAACCUGAUAAUUGAAAGCCAUAAUGGCAGACAUUGGAGAUGGACCACAUUUGGGGGCAGAUCUGACAGAUGCAAAAUCUAUUCCAGGUUUCAAAGGAAAGAACCUACCUGCUAGCAAGUCUAUGGACUCUGGAAUUCUGCCAGACUACAGUUACAGAAUGGAUUAUCCAGAAAUGGGGGAAUGUAUAAUAAUAAACAAUAAGAACUUCCACAGACGUACUGGGAUGCUACCCCGUUCAGGUACAGAUGCGGAUGCUGCAAGUGUCAGAGAGGUUUUUAUGAAGUUGGGAUAUAAAAUAAAGAUCAACAAUGAUCUUUCAUGUGAGGACAUUUUUAAUCUAUUGAAAAAAGUUUCUGAAGAAGAUCACAGCAAGCGAAGCAGUUUUGUUUGUGUGUUGCUAAGCCAUGGUGAUGAAGGACUAAUCUAUGGUACAGAUGGCCCUCUUGAACUGAAAGCACUAACAAGCCUUUUCAGAGGUGACAGGUGCCGAAGUUUAGCAGGAAAACCCAAGCUCUUUUUCAUUCAGGCUUGUAGGGGGACCGAAUUAGAUUGCGGUAUUGAGACAGACAGUGGGUCAGAAGAAACAAUGUGUCAAAAAAUACCUGUAGAAGCAGACUUUCUGUAUGCAUAUUCUACAGCUCCAGGCUAUUACUCCUGGAGGAAUUCAGCUGAAGGCUCCUGGUUUAUUCAGUCACUGUGUAAAAUGCUGAAGGAACAUGCAAGGAAGCUUGAACUCAUGCAGAUUCUAACUCGUGUAAAUCGCAAAGUGGCAGAGUAUGAGUCCUGCUCAACUCGACAAGAUUUUAAUGCAAAGAAACAGAUUCCAUGUAUUGUCUCUAUGCUCACCAAAGAAUUUUAUUUCCCUUCCUAAAAGAAUUUUUCAGUUCAUGUUUUUAUCUGCAAUUUAUGUGCAGUGUUAGUACAAAAUAACACUUUUAAAUCUGAAUAAUUGUUUACUACUGUGUGUGGCACAAUGAACUAUCUCAGAGUUAGAUAUGUCCGUUAUUAGAAGUAAAGAGUAGUAUGGCUAUGUUAGAAAUGCAAACUUGAGUAGCUGAAGCACAGGCAGAUUUCAAAGUAGUGCUCUGAGUAUUGCAAACAAUUAGGAAGGGGAGACUGAAGAAAGAUCACAUCGUUUAUCAGAACUAUUUGGUGCUACAUUGCUCUUUGCUGAAGGGGCAGAGAAAAACAGUUCUUGUAAAUAGUUUGGUUUCAUAUCUUACAAAGAAGAUUCAGAAUGUGCUUUGUGUAUUAAUUAUGAUUAUAUGAUAGCGUUGUCACACAUUUCUCCUUAACUCAAGUUCUAGAAGUUUAGGUUAUAAAUUAACCUAAACUAUUUUUAUAAUUUUGGGCAUAAACUGUGGAAAACAGCCAUUUCACUUUUUUACAUACAAGUAGGAAGCAUGUGUAGAAUACAGUCAGUUUUUCCUGAUAAUUUUUUAAUUUUGUGCAUGGAAUAUUUGAUAAAGCAAUUAUAUCAACAUGGUAGCUGUUUCAAAAUAAAUUUUGUAUUCUGACCUUGAAGCUGAGUGCCUAAGGGACCAGUCUUCCAAAAUUUCUUUUUCUGCAGCUCCCUAAAGGGUGGAGCUGUUGGGGCAUAUUUGGGGCUGUAUCAAUGCAAAAGGAAGUCUGCAUUCUGAAUAGUCUGCUUUUGUCUUUCUGGCCUUAAAUAAGAGUGGGUUUGCUCUGUGCUACAUGUAUACCAUAUGUAAUCUGUGUGAAAACCUAGAUUUGUGGUACUGGAGAAAUUUAACUUCUUUAAUACCAAUUUGAGUUAAUUACAAAACUUUAGCUAAAAUAUGUUAACAAAUAGUAAAUUUCUUGACUGAAUUUUGUAAAACAGACUUCUACAAAAUUGUAAAACAUUUCUGCUUAUGUUUCAGCUUGUAGCAGUCUCUUUAAGAUCAGAGGAAGACAGAAUACUAAAUGACUAUAGGGUGCUUGCAAAACAAGACUUGAAACUCUUCAGAUUGUGUAGCAUAAACAAUGUUAGCGAAUUGAUGUUCACUUCCAGAGGCAUUUGGUACUUUUUUUAAAAAUUAAAUACUGUUUCCUAAAUUGUA